AUGGCUGUUGGCGUAUUUCCAUCUGCUGCUACAUACAAGGGACACGACAUGAUUGAUUCGUAUGAACACCACCUCAGUGUUGGAAACACAUACGCAAGAAAAGGUGUGUGUGAGCGGGGAACUGACGAAGUCAUGGAUGUGGAUCUCUUGAUGGAAAUCAAACAACAACCGAUUUGGAACGCCAAUCAACGCAAAACAUACACUGUUCCAAUCCAAAACAACGGUCAGCAGUAG